AUGUCAGAGGAGCGGCCAAGAUUGGGCAAGGAAGAAGAAUCUGAUGUCAUGAUCGCCAACAUCAGGAGGAGUUAUGAAGAUCUUGACGGCACGGAAUUGAAGGUCUGCUUGCUUUCUUUGUCGAUCUUCCCCGAAAAUGCUGCCAUAAAGAAGAGGCCUCUAAUCUACUGGUGGAUAGGCGAGGGCUUCAUCACAUCUACCAAAGAGAAGAGAGCAGAAGAGAUCGGACAAGAAAUCUUCGAAAAGCUCAUGAGGAAGGACUUGAUUCAACCAGGUGCAGGUGAGCCCAACUGUGAAUUACUUGUCAAAAGUUGUACAAUGCACCCUUGGAUUCGUCGCAUGUUGAUAUCAUUGGCCAGUGAGGCUAGGCUAUUCCACUUCGAUUCAAUAUGGCCAAUGAUGCCAUCUUAUUCCAUGAAAAAGUAUGGGCGUGCAUGUUUCGUUUCUAAGGAUCCAGAAUAUGUUAAGCCAAUUGCCGAGGUUACCGGUGCUGAGUUCGAUACUCUAUUGACAUUAUUCAAUGUAAAUGUUCGAUAUCUUGAUUUGGAACAAAAACGACUAGAGGAGUUGAAGAAGGUUGAGGUUCUUCAGCUUGGACGGUGGCAGAACUCGCCUACACAUCACAUUGAAGUGGAACAUGGAAGAUCUGUUGGUGCCUCAUCAGCUGAGGGAAUUCUAUAUGGUUUGGGGGCUCAGAAGUACUUGAAGGAUCUGAGCCUCCGAGGAAUAUCGAGAAUUACCCAUCUCCCUGAUUCAAUCUUGAAUCUUAUCAGCCUCGAAAUUCUCGAUCUGAGAGCAUGUCACGACUUAGAGAAGUUACCUCCGGAUAUCUCUUCACUGAAGAAGCUCACACAUUUGGAUGUAUCAGAGUGUUUCUUACUAGAAGCCAUGCCGAAAGGGCUUCAAAAACUUGCUUCCCUCCAAGUACUAAAAGGUUUUCUGAUAGGAACACUGAAGAAAACUCCCUGCCGGCUUGGUGAGCUUGCCAAGUUGAAGAAUCUAAGGCGGCUCAGCAUACACAUCGGAAAUGAGGCUUUCGUUCAACCAGGAGAAUUCACAAAGCUAGAGGGUGUAACUUCUCUUCGCCACCUGAAAAUAUCAUGGGGAGUGCUUUCUUCAAAUUUCAAAGACAAAAUCGACAAGGAGUCCGAGAAAUUAUCGUUUCCACCCAACUUAGAAAAACUUGAUCUUCAAGGCUUUCCAAUACAGAAUUUACCAGACGGGUUGAAGCCUAGCAAACUGAAGAAGUUAAAGAAGCUCUACAUAAUGGGUGGGGAACUCAGUAGCUUGUCUCAUGGGGAACCUAAUGAGCACUGGAAAGUGGAAAUCUUGCGUCUCCAUUUCCUGAAAAAACUGAAAUCGCCAAUGCUUUCUGUUUCUGGCAAAGUGGACUUGCCAAGCUUGAAGAGAGAGUUUCCUUGUAUCCAGUACUGGGCAGUUUCAUAA